UAGUACAACUAUGUAUUUAAUUAUUUCCAGUCAUAUCACAACUGAUGAUCAAUGUUGUGUGUGGACCUGCUGAAUGAGAAGCGCGUGAAGUCGGCACACACCCGCGUACCCGUGUACCCGCCGCCAGCAGGCCACUGCGCAUGUCACAAGGGAGACAAGCCGGAAGUGAGACAAGACAAGGCGGAGAGAGAGCCGUUCGACAGACGCUCGCUAUCCUAGCUGUCAACAUGAGCCGCACUGGUGCUGAAAUGAAGGCGAGUGAGAGCCAAUCUAAGACCAUCCAGGAUCGUAUUACAGCCAUUGAGAAACACCUUGGUCAGUUGUGUGAUACACUUGGUUCGUACACCCGCAAAACUGCUCGUUUGAGAGAUAAAGGUGAUGAAAUGUCAAAAUGUUUAUUUGAGUAUGCUGAAUAUGAAAAAUGGAAUCCAACACUGCGGAAUGGAUUGAUGCAGUUUGUGGAGAGUCUGUCUGCUGUGCAGGACUAUAGAGAGGCACAGGUACAACGGUUGGAAAAGAAAGUGGUUAGUCAGCUGAGUGGCUAUGGUUUACUUUGCAAACAAACCAAGAAUGAUAUGAAAGGCGCUUUCACAGCACAGAACAGAGAACAAGUGCAGAAGAAGAAACUGGAACAGAUGCGAAUAAAACAGCCUCAUAAUAGGCAACAAAUUCAACAGGCAGAAGGUGAGCUUCAAAGGGCUAGCAUAGAGGCUUCCAGAGUUUCGCAUGCCCUGGAGCAGCAGGUAGACAGCUUUGAGGCCAAAAAGAUUCGUGAUGUAAAGAAAGUGCUAAGGGAGUUUGUGCAAAUUGAACUAGUUUUCCAUGCCAAAGCCUUGGAGCUAUAUACACAAUGUUUUCAGUCAAUAAACAUUGUAGAUCCAGAUGCUGACCUGGAGGAGUUUCGGCGCCAGAUUCGACCAGUGAAUACUGCCAGGAAGGAAAUGGCCAGUGCAGCACAGCAGUCUCUUCAAGGCAGCAAAAGAAGUAGUGACUCUUUGUCGACUCCUACUGUGCGGAGUAUGCAACCACAUGUCACUAAUGGAAUCCGUCGGGAGACUAUGCAGGAUGACAGUGAAGAUGAUGAUGAUGAGGAGGAUGAAGAUGAUGAUGAUGAUGAAGACGAUGAUGAUGAUGAAGAAGAAGAAGAGUAUGCGGUAGCUACACCAAAGUCAGCGAGCAAGACUUCAAACUCUCAACGGCGUUGACAUUGUGUAGAGUGAUCUGAAGUCUUCUCUUAACAGUCUGGUGUCAGCUGACCCCAUCCUGUAGUCAGCAUCCUCUUUAUACCACAUUGUUAUUUAUUUGGUCUCAUAGAAAAAGAUCUUCAUAAAGAGCUCUGGCAUAUGUAGGACCUGGUGUGGUUCUGUAAGCCAAGAAGUGCACUCUUCUGAAGGAUUGCUGAUUAAAAAAUUUAUCUACACUUUGCCUAUGUGCCUCUUUUCCCUAAAAUUCCAGAAGCCAAAAUAAGUCAUCAGUAUAGUUAAGGACUUUUGACAUUUUCUUUGACAAACUUUACAUCCUGUUUUUUACAAAUUUAAAAAAAAAACUUUUUUUUUGUGUGCUGCUAUCUGAAAAGGGCAAUCCAGAAAGUUUAUGACAUUGAUCAGUGGGGACUUUUGGGCAUAGUAAUUUAAAGAAGUGUAGGUUAAAUGAAGCAAGUAGUAAAACUGCAUCAUUUGCCCCCCAAAAUUUGUGAAGGAUAUAUAUAUGUCAUUUAAAUGCAUGCCAGAUGUCUAGAGCUGUUGACAUAGAAGGGAUGCAAGGUCAAAUCUUCUGGACCACUUAUAAGGAAAUAACUCCUUGAUGUAGGGGUGGGAGAGCUGUAUCAAGAUGUGACUUUUUAAGUCGACCACAAGGUACUAAAGCUGUUGCUGCCUAUGGUGACAUGAAGUACUGAUUUCUAAAACUUGGUGCAAAACAUGUUGGUAGCAUGAUACAGUGCAAACUGAUUUGCUAUUGCAUAUCCAUGUGGACAAGGAAAUAAGAAUAUAAAACUAGACAGCAGUUAUUAAAAAAGUUGUUGACUUUUCACAGUUUUAUGCCUGCUAAACCAUGAGAUAGCAUUAGUGUCUUCAUGGUUUCAGUUGUAGAAUUUGCUCUAUUUUUUCUCAUAAGCAUAAGAUCCUUUUGCUGACGUGGGAGCUGUUGCUAGUCGGCCGCAUGUUAUUUCAGACCUCACUGUUCUUAAAUGCUUUUCAUACUAUACAUGUUCAAGUUUUAGCAUGCUUGUAAUCCUUUCCAGACACUUUGUAUGGUCCUUACAUUCAUAGAGUGCUCUAUAAGGCACUUAAAUUUAAAGGAAUCUUUUUUUAAAUAUCUGAGAUUAUAUGUAUUUAGCAUUGUGCAUCAGUACUUUAUGCCAACAUUUUGAAGCAAAAAAAAUUGCUUUUGGUAAUAAUAUUGUCAGCUUUUGCAGAUAAUAUAGAAACAUUCAAAACAUGGUCUACUUAUUUUAUUUUAAAAUAUUUGAUGGGGAAGGAGAACUUGUACAUCAUCAAUGAAUUCUUUUCUGUGAAAAUCUAUUACCUCCAACUUUACCAUUUGAUAGAACCUGUUUUUUUUUUGCUCAUUUAAAAUAUAAUGCUAUUUUUAUUGACCUCGUCAUUUGUGUCUUUAGUUUUGUACUGCAGUUUCCUAGUAACUGCUGCUUUUAUUGUCGUCUCACAGCUGCUGAUUUCACGAACAAAGAUUUUAGUGUUUUGUAGUUAACACUGUGAUACUGUAGAGAAAACAUUCAUGUGCAGUUCUGAAUUGCAUAUUUAGUGCAUGGUUGAUUUUCAUAUCAAGGCUGCUCUUAAAUCACACAGUGUCUGUAGCCAUUGCUUGUCUAAUCAGUUGCUUUGGCAGGAAAGUGCUUAAUCCUGAAAGUGGUUUCAAGCUACGUGUGGGAAGGGAGAGAGAAGAAAACCAGAGUACCCAAAUAAAACCCCAGAUAGGCAGCCAUGCAAAUAGCUGUCGCAUACAGUUGACAAGAUCUGAACUCAUGGCUUCUCAUUGCAGUAGUGACAAGUGAGUGUUUAGCUACACACAACCAGGCAUUCCAUUGCUUGUAUAACCUUGUAUGAUGUCUUUAUAACCUUAGUAGUACAUAGCUUUAGUAUGUACACUGGCUCCAACAGUGGUAGGUGUAGCCUCUAUUGACCUUGUGUCAGUGGUAUGUCCAAACAUCAAAAUAAAGGUCAUAACUUUCCUUGGUGCCUUUGUGAGGCAAGUAUUUGGUUUAUAACACUAUGUGAUUUAGAGCAGCCCAAGGAAGAAAGCAUGAAAACUUUAUUUUACUACCAAAAAUUAAACCGUUAUCAUAAUA